CCCUCUCCAUCUCUCAUCCAUCCCUAAAAGCGCGCGUCAGACUUGAAAUCGCACCAAGGACCCCGCCGCCCGUACCCCCUGUGAUACCCCGACCAUGGCAGCUCCCCGGCCCCCCGCCGCGCGGCCAGCGGCGGCCAUCAACCUCGAGUCGAUCUACGCGAACAUCCCCAUCCUCAUCCAGAGGGUGCGCAGCAACCUGCUCGCUGCGAAUCAGAUCCCUCCUCUCCGCAACCUGAUUGCAAACCACGCGCGAGAGAUCGUCAUCUUCAACGCCCGUCUCGGCCGCCCGAACCCACUGUUGAGCCUCCCUGAGGUGCUUAAUCCUACCAAGCGUGUGGGCAACAAUGAUGCUGUGACGACCGAAAGCGCUUUCCUUCAGUCCAUAUCGGCCGGCGUCAACGCCGCGCGCACCAUCCGCCCGGACCAGAACCUCAUCGCGACCAUCAACGCGCGCAACGCCGCCGCCGUGCGUCCGCCCGCGGCCGGAGCAGCUGCUGCUGGCACACCUGCCAAGCCGCAGUCGCCUGCGCCGACCCCGACGAGCGCGGCGCCGACACCUCGUACCGCCAGCCCUGCUACCCCCGCGACGCCGACGGUCGCGGCCACCCCGCCGGCCCCGGCUUCCGCAGAGCAGCCUGCAGCGGCGCCAGCUGCCGUCGCUCCUGCCACGGUAUCCACGCCACCUGUGGCACAGGCGCAGAUGCCGAUGCCGCCCAUGACGUUUCAGCAGGUCAAGGAUCUGCUGGCAAUCCCCCCAGACAAGCGAAACCCCAUGUUUGAGGCAGACCCAGUACUUAAACAGCGCUUCUAUACCUCUUACGCUUACUUCCAGCACAAGACUUCUCAGCCCGCGGCUCCUCAGCCUGCGACUCCUCAGACUGUCGCCCCAGCUGCAGUCACUGCUCCGCCCGCUGCCACGGCAACAACAGCAGCAGCUGCUGCAGGAACACCCAUGCCCACCCAAGCCCAGACCGCACCUGCGGCCGUUGUUCCAGCCAGCCAGGUUCCAGCUGCACCAGUGCGCACGUCGUCACUCCCAACCGUGCCGACCCCUGUUCCAGCGGCCCCGGUGCCUGCAGCUGCUACCACGACGGUACCUACCCCACCAGCUGCGUCGGUGUCAACGGGAGCACCGCCAGCUACUACCCCUGCCGUGGCACCACCGGCACCAGUUACAACUACCCCUGCCCCGGCUGUUUCUCCACCGGAGCCCAAACCGGCAACGGUGCCUUCGCCGGCUCCUGUUGCGGCAACUCCAGCAACCACAACAGUGGCACCACCACCGACCGUGACACCCCCCGCGCCCACACCGGCGCCAGCUCCGGCGCCAGUCUCGGCUCCUCCCGUAGCGCCUACUCCAACACCACCGGCCCCAGCACCUGCUCCUCCAAAGGCGGCUCCUCCCGCCGCACCCCCCAAACCUCCGCCUCCGCCUCCAGAGCCCGAGCCAGCAAGGCGCAAGCGCAAGCUCCGCGAGUUCACGCGCGAGCUGGCACCUGACCUUGCGGUGGAGCUGGGUCUAGACAAUCUCUUCGGCGAGGUCUUGGACAGUUUCAUCGACACAGCGGCGAAGGACAGCAUCCGCCUGGCGGCGCAUCGUAACUCGAACCACGUCGAGGUCAAGGACAUGGCCUUUGUUCUCGAGCACUACCACGACAUUGUCGUCCCUGGCUUCAACGUCCAGGUGCCCAAGAAGGUCCAUCUCGAGCCAGAGGGAGAGAAGAAGCGUGGAAGGCAGGUCGCGCCGCGCCGUCCGGCCGCGAGGCGAGAGGAGGAGUGAGUAGAGAUGAUCCAAGCCACCAGCAGACGGCGUCCCAUGUUGUACUAUAGCACC